AGCGGCGAUUUUUGGCGCUUGGGCGCGUGAAUGCAUAGAAUCGUUGUCAUUUGGGGUUUUUACUUUCAGGGGAAAUUCUUAGGCACGUUCAAAACCUCACAGCUGCACAAACACUUCUCUGCUUUCUCUAAGCUUUCUCUGUAAUGGCUGAAGAUGGAUUAGCUUCUCAUAGAAGAGACCCUAUCAAGUCUUCAGUUGGGAGUGUUGCGGCGCAGAAGAGACGGCAGAAUGCUGUGGCUGUGGGUAAGGAAAGGAGAGAAUCAUUAGUUCGGGCAAAGCGUCUUUGCAGAGUGGGGACCAGUGGUGAUGGUGAUACUCCACUUGACAGUGAUAUGAUGAUUGACGAAGAGCAAUCGAUCCUGGAGGUCCAAACUGUAUCGGCGGUGGAAGAGUUGAAGUCUGCUGUUGCUUUCCAAGGAAAAGGUGCAAUGCAGAAGAAAGUUGGUGCACUUCGUGAACUAAGGCGGUUGCUGUCAAGAUCUGAAUUCCCUCCCAUUGAAGCUGCUCUUAAAGCUGGAGCAGUUCCGCUACUUGUGCAGUGCCUUGCAUUUGGCUCUCCUGAUGAACAGUUACUCGAGGCAGCUUGGUGCCUUACAAACAUUGCAGCAGGAAAACCAGAGGAAACAAAGGCUUUACUGCCUGCUUUACCAUUGCUUAUUGCACACCUUGGAGAAAAGAGUUCCUUGCCUGUUGCUGAGCAGUGUGCAUGGGCAUUGGGAAAUGUUGCUGGAGAAGGAGAAGAUUUGAGGAAUGUUUUGCUAUCCCAAGGAGCCUUACCGCCUCUUGCUAGAAUGAUGCUACCAAACAAGGGUUCAACUGUUAGAACAGCUGCUUGGGCAUUAUCAAACCUAAUCAAGGGGCCAGGUUCUAAAGCUGCAACAGAACUCAUUAGAGUUGAUGGGGUACUGGAUGCAAUAUGUCGGCACUUGAGAAAAGCGGAUGAGGAAUUGGCGACUGAAGUAGCAUGGGUAGUCGUGUAUCUUUCAGCCCUCUCAAAUGUUGCUACCAAUAUGCUGGUGAAAAGUGAUGUUCUUCAAUUGCUUAUACAAAGAUUGGCAACAUCAAACAGCUUGCAAUUGCUUAUUCCGGUGCUGAGAAGUUUAGGUAACCUUAUAGCUGGUGAUUCUCACUCAAUCUCUGCUGUUCUUCUUCCUGGACGUGAAAUCACAGAUAAUAUCAUUGAGGUCCUAGUAAAAUGUUUGAAGAGUGAACAUCGAGUAUUGAAGAAGGAAGCUGCCUGGGUGUUAUCUAAUAUAGCUGCCGGUUCAGUUGAGCACAAACAGUUCGUCUAUUCUAGCGAGGCAGUGCCUUUACUAUUGCGGCUUCUUUCAACGGCACCAUUUGACAUAAGGAAGGAAGUAGCUUAUGUUUUGGGUAAUCUCUGUGUUGCUCCAGCAGAGGGCAAUGGGAAGCCAGACCUAAUUUUGGAGCACUUAGUUUCCCUUGUUGGUAGAGGAUGCCUUCCUGGUUUUAUUGACUUGGUUAGAUCCGUUGAUAUAGAAGCUGCAAAACUAGGUCUUCAAUUUAUAGAGCUGGUUUUGAGGGGGAUGCCAAACCGUGAGGGCCUAAAACUUGUUGAACGAGAGGAUGGGAUUGAAGCCAUGGAAAGAUUUCAGUUUCAUGAAAAUGAAGAUCUGAGAAACAUGGCAAACGGUUUGGUUGAUAGAUACUUUGGCGAGGACUAUGGGGUUGACGAAUAGGCUGAUGGAGUGAUUGUUACCAAAGUACAAUCUUCUCGCACCGGGAAUGACAUAGUUGGUCUAAUUUCUUUUGUGCAAUAUGAAUUAUGAAUCCAGAGAGAACCCUGUUGCUCAUGGCGAAUGCCAAAUAGAACUUAAUGACUGGGUGGGUUGGUGUGACAAGACAAGAACUGCUCCUGAGUUUGUAGCAUGUUUGCAAUUGCAUAGGCAAUUAUGGACUGAUUUGUUCUUUCUGAA